AUGAUUCUCGAGGAUCGCCGGAUUUCAGCUACAGCCAUAUCUGAGACUCUGGGGAUCUCUUGCGAAAGAGUUGGCCACAACAUCCACAACAUUCUGGACGUGAAAAAACUUUCCGCAAAAUGGGUGCCGAAAUACUUGAACGCAGAUCAGAAGCGCAUCAGAAUGACCAUAUUAAAGGCGAGUUUGGACCGGUUUGCAGCAGGAGAGGCUCGCUUAGUCAUUAUUUGGUUUCGUGAUCACGAUCCCCAAACCAAGCAGCAAUCAAUCGAGUGGCGCCACAACGAUUUACCGCGUCCCAAGAAAUUUUGGACCCAGAAGUCAGCUCAAAAGAUUCUAGUUUCAAUGUUCGAGGGCAAAAAUGAAGUACGUCUCAUAAAAUACCAGCCAAAGAGUCGCACCAUCAACAUAUAA